AUGUGGAUGGAUGAUACGCAUCCGAUUUCGGUCAAUUCCGACUUUUCGCCUCCUCAGCAUGAGAUGUUGUCUGGGCAGAAAACCGCCAAUGAAUUAGUUGACCACCUUUUUGAGUUUGCGCAACACCUUUCCUGGUCGCCUCACUUUCCCCCAGUCUUGUUUUCAUUGCCAGGCCAGACUCAAGCACCAAAUACUUUCGGCCCAACUCAAGCCACCGUCACAGCAUCCUCUUCAGAAUCAUGUCAACCGGCGUCUGUCGCCAUCGGACCUUAUGAUGAACCAGACAGGCGAUGUGUCGGGCAUCAGGACAACUUUACCAUAUCGCCGGAGGAAUCCAGAAAGCCUGAAGACGGGCUUGGUCUGAGACGAUCCGGCUUGCGGCCGGAUCUCGAGUUGCCUGAGCUCGGGACCGGCGGCUCGACUUUGCGGAAGUCCGAAAUGGACAGCUUCGAGGCGGGCAUAGCCAGACUGAUGCAUACCCAAACCGAUGAAUCCAGAGACCUUGUACCCUUCGCAAUGGCCGAGUUUCACCAGCCUCAUCAGAUGGAGGCCUGCAAUACAGGUAUUCACAUUUUCCAUCCACCAUAA